AAAUGUCUUGUACCAUGAGAUCGAAGUGAAAAAUAGACCCCCUCUGCCUGGAAAGUCCUCGGAAAAGAAGCGGCUGGUUUUCAGAUGGCCUUGUGAGAUGUGCAGCCCCCCUUUUGACCUCCGACAAGAGAGGGAUGCUUAUAGAAAGGUAAACAUGGCUCUCUUAUCUCGGCUGUUGGUGCCAAGAAAAGGCUGGGCUAUAAAGAGGCUGAAAAAGUGUACAGCAGACAACGGCCUCGAGGACUCGAUUUGCUGACGGAAUGAACCUUCUCUUCUUCCUCUUGCUGGCCUCUGCUAAUGCUGCCAUGUCCCGGAACCUCUGGCAAUUCCGGAAGAUGAUCAAAUGCACCAUCCCAGGCAGUGACCCAUUGAAGGAUUACAACAACUAUGGCUGUUACUGUGGCUUUGGGGGCAGUGGGACCCCAGUGGAUGACCUGGACAGGUGCUGCGAGACCCACGACAACUGCUACAGUGCAGCCAAGAAGCACCCAAAAUGUAAAUUAAUCCUGGACAACCCUUACACCAAGACCUACUACUACAACUGCUCUGGCACCGAGGUCACCUGCGAAGAAAAGAAUGACGAAUGCCAGGCAUUUGUCUGUAACUGUGACCGCAGCGCUGCCAUCUGCUUUGCUGGGGCUCCGUACAACAAAGAGUACAAGAACCUGAAUACCAGCAAAUGCUGCCAGUGAAUCCUGUGUCGGCCCAGUGCAAAGGCCUUUGCACACUCUCACGUAGCAUGGUGGUUAUUCCUGGGUCAUGUGCUGGGCUCAAACAGUGUCUUGCUGUGGUUAUUGCUAUUCACUGAAUUAAGGGAGGGGGUGAUUGAGGAAAUUCUUUCUGUGCUUUUAUGGACAUUUCUUGCAAACUGCCUUGGGAGGGCAAUGCCCCCUCAAAGGCAGGUUAGACAUUAUUUUAGUGAAUAAACAAUCUCUACCUAUAAAGCUGAAAGUAUGUGUGGGAUGUAUGUCCAGAAA